ACCCAUGUGAGAGCAGAACUAGACAUGAUGAGUAUUGCUCCGUUGCAUUUUCAGAUCGUCCGUCAGGCGAAAGACAAUGGGGAAGCAGCCGGUGAGGAUGAAGGCAGUCGUCUACGCCCUGUCGCCGUUUCAGCAGAAGGUGAUGAGUGGACUGUGGAAGGACUUGCCCGGAAAGAUUAACCAGAAAGUCUCCGAAAAUUGGCUCAACGCCUUGCUCUUCCUCUCUCCCCUUGUCGGCACCUACGCGUAUGUGAAACAAUACAAGGAGAAGGAGAAGCUAGCCCACCGUUAUUGAAGAAGUUGUCGUAACUUAAUUAGGUGAUACAUGUAAUAGAGAGUUAUCAGUAUGCUCAAGUGUUGUAUGUUAGUAGAAUGUGUAUGUCAACUCAGUCUAUGAUGUAAUUACAAAAUCCAAAGUUUGCUUUUAUGUUAGUGUUGCCAAGUUUCUGUUUGGGUAACUGAGCUUUCCUUUGUCCUUCCUGAAGAAGGAAAAGGGAAAAAAAGGCUGAUUUGAAAUCUUGUCACUUGUGUUCAGCAAU